UUCUUCCAUAUUUGUUUAUAUCUUUUGUCUAUAAUGGCUUACUGAGAGAAUUGGCUGUAUCAUUAUUUGUAUUCAGGCGAUCGUCAAUUAAAAGAUUUGGUAAAAAUAAAUCCUGUCAUGUUUUUAAUUAGACGUUAAGUAACUGCAAGGUAGUAAAUAUGGAGAACAGUAUAAAGGAAUGCAGUAACGAACAAAACCCAACUAAUAUUGACGUCACCGAUUUAGAUGAAGAAACUGUGAAAAAACUGAGAGGAGAUGCCAUAGGAGACACUUUAUAUAGUCAAUCAUUUGUAUUGAAAACUCUUUUAAAAUUUUCCGAUUUGCAAUGGAACGAUCAAGUCGAAGAGGAUUUAUGUUUUCUUUGGGACAUGACUGUUGAAAAAGAUGUAUGUGAAUUUUUAUUAAAUAUGUCUUUUCCUUCUGUAGCGUGUAGUGCAAUGUUACAAUACGACGAUAACAAUAGAUUUUUAGAAAUUGUUUUAGGUAUCUUAGCUAAUAUUUUCUGCUCAGGCUGCGUCAACGUUAUGUCUAAAAAUGAACUUGAUAUUAUUUUAUGUUUAAUUAACUCUGAUGAUCCCCUUAUUCUGAUCCAAUUAAUGCGUUUUAUCUCCACAUCUGCUAUUACUUCAAAAGUUUUAUUUGAGUUAGUUGAUAAUCGUUUUCUACAGCAAAUUUCUUUUAUUCUUAAAUCAUCAAUAAAUAAGGAACUUUUAUUAAAAACCUUAGAAACGUUAGCAAAAUUAACUACAGGUCAUAAAAUAAAUGAUCAAUUAAUAAAUUAUAAAAUUUAUGAAUCAAUUAUUAUUGGUUUUAAAACUAUUAUGAAUGAUUAUGAUUUUGGAUCGGAAACUCAAGAAAAAUCGCUAAGUAUAAAGUAUAUGUUAGAAAAUGUGACAAAUAUUUGUUCUUUUAUUAAUAAAUAUAAUAAACGAGAGUUAUUGAUUAAUAUUCAAAGUGAAUCCAACGCUUUUAUUGACGAAGUAACGAAAAUUUUCAAUUUUUAUAGCCACAAAGAAAAUCUCUUACCUGUAAGUGAUUAUUUUAUCUUCUAUAUGUCUGCAAUUACCUACAUUUUCACUAAUAUUGAAUUAAAAUAUUGUCCUGAAUUAUUUUUAGCUGUUACUAAAAUUUUGGAGCAUAUUAUCGACAUUAGAGACGAAGUUGAAGAACUUUUUAAUUCAACUUUAGAAUUAGAAUAUUAUUUAAUUUCUAUUUCUAAUCAAAAAAAUAUUGAGAAGGAUUUGAAAGUUUUACCUAAACCAAAAUUGAAAAAAGUUUUAAAUGUGAUUAAUGAAAAUUAUUCUAGAUUUCAUUUUGGAAAUUGUAUUAACAUUUCUUCAUUAUAA